UAAUAUGACACAAAUAUGACAGUAAGAAAAAUUCUCUACAGAAGUAUUUUCAGCUCUGCAAUCGAGUACUGCAUGUGUGCGUAUACGCAUAUAAUCAUACAUAUGAGAUAAAUUAAUAUUAUUAUUUAUUUAAGUUUAACAAAGUGCAUAGUGUCGAAAAAUGAUCAAUACAAAUGUGGUCCUUAAUAUCAUUGCUUUUGCAGUAAUUAUUUUUUUCGUUGAAGGUCAUGGUAAAUUCCAAUCAAAACGUAUAAACAGUGAAAAUGCAUCGGAUCGUGAAUUUCCGUACAUGGUAUCAUUGAGAAGAGAUGGAAUACAUUUUUGCGGUGGUGCUAUAAUAAGCUCUAGACAUAUUCUCACAGCAGCUCAUUGCUUUGUUGGGAGAGCUGAUCCACCAUACACAAGAAAUUUAACAGUUGUUUCUGGUGCAGUAGAAAAACGAUACGGCCAAGUACACAAUGUUUUCAAGGUCACAGUUCAUUCAAAUUUUACGAGGGGUUCUGAAGCGAGAUGGCGUGAUGAUAUUGCCGUUGUAACUGUAAGAGAAAAGAUUAUUUUCGACCAACGACAAUCAUCGAUUUUAUUGCCAAAAGAAGAUACGCCUGGCAAUGUCAAAGCUGUUUUAACUGGAUGGGGACAACUGUCAUCUACUGAUCUUGUUGAACCAAGUGUUCUUCAAAAACGUAAUGUCACAAUUCUCAAAAAUAAAGAGUGUAAUGAUAAGAAAAAUUCAAAUAUGUUAGACACUCAAGUUUGCGGCUACGAUGGUAAAGGAACUGGUUUUUGCAAUGGUGACAGUGGAAGUCCACUUGUAUACAAUGAUGAAGUUGUUGGAAUUGUUUCAUUUUCUGUAAGCUGUGGAAUUGGUUAUCCAGAUUUAUACACAAGAGUUUAUCAUUAUCUUGAUUUUAUUAGAAAUGCAAUGUAAAGAAAAUGAAAAAAUAAAUAUUGGCUUUAUUCUUUCGAAAUAUUAAGAAGAUAAAUAUUGACUAUAAUAUUCAAUCGAAAUUUGUUUUAUUGAUUUAUUGUGUGCUUAAAUUUUGUCGUAAAUUUUAGGAAAUAGAAAUAUAAUAACUUCUUUAAGUAAAACAUAUCUCCUAGAUUUAUACACUUUUUUUUUUCAAUUUUCUUUUUUUAUUUGAAUUUUACUAAGUUUGACAUAUUUGGAAUAUAUCUUUUUUUCAAUUUUGAAAAUCAUAUGCUGAUAUCAAAAAUAUUUCUAGUGUUAACACUGAUCGAGAGGUACACAACUUC